AUGAUGAGAAUUCUUGCGCAACACGCAAAGCAUUACAGGAUUCGCACUUUCCGAACCCUAUCGUCUUGGGCGAAUCAAACAUUGCAGCAUCGUCUAACAGAGGCUCUUGAUCAGAAUGCAAAAAUCAUUCCGGUGCUACAACAGUGGCGGCAACAGGGUAAUCAAAUCGACCCUUCUCACGUGAGAGUCAUCAUCAAAAAGCUUCGUGAUUCCGACCAAUCUCUCCAAGCCCUCCAGGUGUCAGAGUGGAUGAGUAAAGAGAAGAUCUGCAGCCUAACUCCAGAAGACUUUGCAGCUCGGUUUUGUCUGAUAGAUAAUGUUGUUGGGUUAGAAGAAGCAGAGACGUUCUUCGAAAGUAUCCCGAACAGCGCAAGAGACGAGUCUGUAUACACUAGUCUCUUGUCCUCCUACACAAGAUCUGACAAGACGAUGUCUAAAGCCGAAGCCACGUUCAAGACAAUGAGAGAGUUAGGUCUUCUCACAAGUCCUUCCCCUUACAAUGCAAUGAUCUCUCUUUACAGUGCCCUAAAAAAUCGAGAUAAAGUCGAUGAGCUUUUGCGUGAGAUGCAAGGUAAAGUCAUGGCUCCCGACACCGUCACUGUGAAUCACGUGUUGAAACUAUAUGCGGCUGUGACUGAAGUGACGGCCAUGGAGAAGUUCUUAACAGCAUGGAAAGCCAAUUUUGGGAACUAGCGCGCUCUUGAGUGGCUCACGACUCUUGACAUGGCAAAGGCUUGCCUCAAAGACGGCUCAACCCAAAAGGCGAUGCACAUGCUGACUUUAACCGAGAAACUGGUUGACCCCGAGUCGUUGAAAUAAGCUUACGAGCUUAUGAACAUAUAUGGUGAAGCUGGAAAGAUAGAAGAGGUUCUACGUAUAUGGAAUCUUUACAUGAGGAGCACAGAACAGUGUGAUAACAAUGACUAUCUAAAAGUGAUCCGUUUGCUCUUAAAGCUAGAUGACAUUUUUGGUGCUGAAGAGAUAUACAAAGUGUGGGAAUCUUUGCCUCUUGAGUUUGAUAUCCGGAUCCCAACUACGCUGGCCUCUGGUUACAGAAAGAGAGGAAUGGUAGAUGAAGCUGACAAGCUUAUGAACAGUAGAAUAAUAAAGUACAGAAGAAUGAAUAAACCGAUCAAUCCACUUUUGGACCAAUGGGGGAGUAGAAUGAGAAUGUCUGAACUCAAAUGCCUCAUCAAGAAUCUUCAUGAUUCUAAUCAGUUUUCUAAAGCACUUCAGGUUUCAGAGUGGAUGGAUGAAAAAAGGGCUUGUAGUUUUUAUCCAGAAGAUUACGCAGCUCGGCUUCAUAUGGUUGAAGUUGUGUUGGGUCUGGAACAAGCAGAGAAGUUCUUUGAAAACAUCCGAAUGAAGGAUUACACAGUCUACUCAACUCUCUUAAGCUCUUACACAAAAUCUGACAAGCAUUUAGAAAACAUGGUCGAGGAGCUUCUUCGUGAGAUGGAAGAGAACAACGUGGCUCCCGAUAGUCUCAUGGUGAACAAAGUCUUGAGGAUAUAUGCGGCUGAGACAAACGUAGAAGCUAUGGAAACGUUUAUGAAAAUGUGGACUAUAGAGAUGUAUGGUGGUGUCUCAGGGAGUAAAAGAGAAGUGUACCGUCUUUGGAACGAGUGUAAGAAGAUUGAGAAGUUGGAGAACGAUGGGUAUAAAACUGUUAUUGGUUCUUUGCUGAAGCUGGACGACGUAGAAGGAGCUGAGAAGGUAUAUGGAGAGUGGAAACCGGUUGGACCGAAGCUGGACUUGAGCAUACCUGGUUUGCUGAUUUCUCGGUUUUGUGCAGAAGGAAACGUAUUGAAAGUUGGGGAGUUGAUAAGUUCGAUUGAAAAGAAGAGAAAUGGGAUGCACUUAAGGAUGGAGAUGGCUUUUAUAGCCAGGGUCGUGAAAGUCAUGAAUGAAUAAUAGGUGGCUACAAAGUAGAUUUCUAAAGUUAAAAGCAACUUCCAUGGCAAAAAGAGAAAAAAACAUGGAAGAGGUACAGCAGGGAGGCACUUAAUUAAGGAUGGUGAGGGCUUUUAUAGUCAGGGUCGUGACAGG